GCGAAUCCAGCGACAAACGUAACAUCGAACUGUCGUCAAAAUUUGCGCAUAUCUCGGGUCACCAUAUAGUUAUGUUCUGGAAGAAUAUCAAGACCACAUUAUUGUGUGGCCCGAAAGAACUGAGCAAGUCUUUCAUGUUCGAGGCCGCGAUAUAUUGGGCCGAGGAAGGACGACGUGUCGUUUAUAUUGCGCCAGCACCACUGGAGAGACAGCCGGCGGCCUGUCACGACAGAGGCAAUCCAGCAGUCGCGGCUCUCAAGCUGAUGAGAUUUAUCUACCUGUCGGAUUACGAGAGUCUCGCGGAGCAACUCGUCAAGUUGCACACCUAUGCGGCCGUGCCGUCCGUACUUCUGAUAGACGACUUGGACAAUUACCUUAAUGACGACGCUGCCGGAAAUGAUGCGAGCGCGCACAUUGCCAAAACCUGCGCCCUCAUACACCACUCGAUGAAAUCAUGCGCGCGGGCUCUGAAAAUAAACUUGUCAGAAGUGGAAGACGGAAAGGCGAUACUGUUGGAAGGAUCCACGGUCGGAUCACCGUCGAAACAAUCGUACAAGUAUCUGAAAUUCGAGGACGGAAUGCGCGUUCUUCAACAAGUGCUGUGCGAUCCGGUGGAGACCAAUGAUACGCAGUGACGUUUUUGCCCGGUAAGAUUUACCGCUUCUGCAAUAAGAACGUAAGGAGGAUUUCUGAGGAAUCAUUAUGCGUAUACUGUUGACCGCGGCAAAAGUGUUACCACGCGACUUCGUGUGUGUAUGUAUGUGUGUGUGUGUGUGUGUUUAUGCAUGCUGUUGAUAAGGAAUAUUCGCGGCAUUCUCAGAUAUAUAUUUCGUCGUGAUCGCUGUUGCUUAGCGCCUGCAACCGUGGCAACCCGGUUGUUACACAAUCCGUGAGUGUAGGUCCACCAGCCUAAUGAGGCAAGCAUUUCAUUCACGAAAAAUUCGUUCUGCACGAGAUAUACACCCGCGAACAAUGAUUCUAAUCGUGCUCUUCUAAUUGGCACGAAUCAAGUUUAAAGUGUCGCUUACACACUUGGAUGUGUUUGUGCAAAUUCAUGCGGACGAUUCUGGCGAUUCGCUCGAGUGUGCGAAGCGGCGUGUAAACGCCAGCAAUUUGAGCUUGGUGCGAAAAUCUUGCGUUUAAGGAAAACUCGGUUCGUGUAAAUCUCGUCAAAGUGUCAGAGAAGGAUACAUCAGUGGAUAGCACAAACGCUCUUGAACACGCGCGAACACGUGUGAACGGAUAUGUUUGCCAUCAACCUCGGAUGUAAUGCAUACGUAGAUGAUGAUGCAUCGCUUCUAUCGCUCGAUUCUAUUUUAAGUAUAUUUCUAAUUGACGCGACACACACACACACACACAGAGAGAGAGAGAGAGAGAGAGAGAGAAAACUUUUUUUUCAACGGGCGCUAGAGUCUACAUCUUUUGCGCUCUUUUUAAUUCUCCGAGUCCGCUCGGCGUCUUCUUAACAUUCUUAAUGUAAAUCGCGGCUAAUGACGGCGCAAAAAUAGUCGUACCGUCUCUAUAUUUAGCAUAACCGAGAAAAGUAGAGACAGAGAGAUGACUCGAAAACACUCGAGGUGUUUUCAAACAAAUAGGCCAGGGUAAAGAGACUACGCUGAUCCCAGAAGAAUAGCUCCAAUUAGUGUGAGCUGAUGCUGAGGAAGAAAGAGCUCAUAAUACACGUUUACACGCAGCCUGAAACCAUGUUUGCGCCCGUAUACGAUGUACAUUCACGGCAACGUCAGAGGGGACGACAAGACGAGUGCGGACUGAGGCUGAUUUUGAUUUUUGUAAUGGGCCGUUCAAUUCACGCGAUAUCGAGCGCGGACGAAUUACGCGUGAGCUCAUAGUGCGCGAGCCGAGUGCAAGGUGAAAGUGCAAAGUUUGUAUGAAGUGACUGGAUUCGAUCGUUCGGUCCUGCGAAGCAACGGUAAACCAUCUCAGCGGGUGAUGAAGCGAAGGGAAGCGGUGGCAGCGAGGGAACGCAGGAGAGAGAGAGAGAGAGAGAGAGAGAGAGAGAGAGAGAGAGAGAG